AUGAUUUCAAUUAUUUUUACUUUGAUACAAACUAUUCUUGAGGAUAUUGUCUAUUCAAACUCUUUCAAUUUAACAAUAGGAAUUUAAAGUUUCCCAUUAAAUUUAUAUUGUAUUAAACUUAUUUAAGAAAAUGAACUCAAAGUUAUGUUUACUUAAUAAUCAAACUAUAUUUCUUUAUUAGCAAUUUGUUAGAUAAACUUUAAUGAAAAAGAAAAAUCUUAGACUCUUUUUGAACAUGAUAAUUAUCAUGAUUAUAAUUGUCUUAUAUACUAUAAUGCUUACAUAUUAGGAAAUUAAAUUAAGUAAAUAAUACUUUCUCAUAAGAAAGUGCAAAAUUUAGUUUCUUUAUAUCAUAUUUAAUUUUCAAUAGAAAAUAAUUCAUGUAUUGGUAUAAUAUAUUCUAAAUUUAAUUCAAAUUUGAUAUUAACAAUUGAUAUAUUCGGAUUUGAUUAUUGUAUUGAGUAAUUUUAUAAACUAUUUAAGUAACUGUAAAAAUUAAGGAAUUUGUAUUAAAGGCUUCUGCUAAUGUUUAUAGGAUUAUUUAGGUUUUGAUAGUGAUGUACUUUCAUCAGACAUACAAUACAACACUUAUUUUCAUGGAUUACAAUUAUUUAUAAUUGUAGACUAACGAUUAUAAAUUAAUUCUUAAUUCAGAAUUACAAUAUACCAUAAUUUGCAAUGCAAAUUCUUCUCAUUUAUUAAUUGCUUCGAAUCACAAUAAUACCAUAUACAUUAAUGAAGAAUCAACUUUCAAAUGUAAAGAAACUACUGAAAGGCUUAGAGUUAAUUAAUAGAUAUGAAAGAAUAAUAUUAUUCAAUUAUUUUGGUUGUAUCUAUUUUAGCAUCAAUUCUUGGUUUAAUCCUUUUAUUCAUAAUAAUAACCAAUACAUGGAAAAAUAUAUUAUUAAGAAUAAGCAAUAAUUGGAAUUUAAAUGAUAGCUAUAUAAUUUAUUUCACUUGUAGAUAGAAUAUCUUAAACCAAAGCUGAAACUAUAUGUUCAAUAUGUUUUGAGACAUUUAAAUCUCAAAGUAUUGUAAGAAUGAAAUAUUAAGAUCGUAUUUUCCAUUCUAGAAGUUUAGAAAGAUUGAUGAAAAAUAACAAAGUAUUCUAAUCAAAUAAUCUAAGGUUUGCCAAUUAUGUAGAUCUGCAUUGGAUACUUACUAUUUAAACAAAGAAUAAAAAUUCAACCUCUAACUUUUAAAGGAAAAAGUAUAAGUGCAACCAUUCUUGAAAAAAUUAAAUCUCCUCUCAAAGCAUGAAUGUUCUUUACAUUAUAUUGAUGAAAGUCUAUCAUAAAAUUCACCUGUUAUAAAAUAAUAACUAAUUACUUCACCUAACCAAUUUAUAUUAAAAUUUUUUAAAUAUAUCAAUUUUUAAUCUCAUUUCUAGCAUAAUUCUUAAUGCUGA